UUCUGUUUCACCGAUCGACUCCACUCGCCGUAGGAAGCAAUCGGCCGCUAAUUGCGGGCCCGAAUAAGCUUCGCCCGUCGUCUUCUGAGCGUGUACACCCUUCUGCUUCGACGAGCGCGCCGGCCUCAGUGGUGGCCUCAGCGCGGUUAGACGCGUCGUCGUCGCCGUACGAGAUAGCAUCUGCUCUGACCACUGCGCGCGACCAUUGAGUGCAACGACGUCGUUGAAUGCGCGCGUGUGCCGACGCAGUGGACGGCUCGCGUAUACAAAGACUGGGAGCAUCCGCCGGCCGCAUAAAUUGUCCGUCCAAAGCCCCUCGCCUGUGUAAACGCGGAAUGCGUGACGCGCUGACCCGCACUAGGUCACUCGGAAUCGUGACGGCUAUAUUUGUUUCUUGGGCAUCAUCACGUGCGCCGAAGCCAGGCGGAGUCCCCUCCCACCGCAGCGCCGACCGACGGCGGCGCACAAUGCCCGCUUUCUGGAGCACCGUGCCUCUGAGUGAAAGCCCACCCCCCUCGCGUAGUUGAGUUUUUUCGUUCGAACGAGUUCCGAUCUUCGAAAAAAAAAAAAAAAAGAAUUGUGGCAAAAGCGCGCGUUCGGAGGGGAAAACUGUGCCGAUCGUGCGUCCGAGAAUGCGGAGGAAUGGAAACCGCGCAGCGGCGGCUGUUGUUGACGAGCGGUCGGCUAGUGUAACCAUUGCGGAUUCGCUUGUACGUACCUGCAUGAGCAAUGACGGAAUAAUCGGAUGGAAUGAGGAAACCUCUUAAGUGGAAGGAGUUGCCAAACUUCAACAGGCAGGUCGAUAGUUACUCAACCAACGAGGACAUCGAGGAAGCGACGAGUCUAAGUUGAAGGGAAUUCAAUAUUAAAUAAUAAACUUGUAUUUAAACCUGGAGGUACAGUGAUGGACACUACAAAAAAGAAAGAAAUGAAACAGCACCGUCACUACUGCUGUCAUCACUAAAUUGUAUCGUAUGCGAUGUAUAUAUUCUGGGCUAUAACCUGCGCUUUCUCAGUUUUAGUAAUACUAGGAUAUUUUUUUUUAUAGCUUCAACGAGCAACGACACGUUAUACAGGCUGUGAGAAAUGCGAUGUGCCUACUAGUAAAGAGCUGUGUAAUGUAUUAAAUGCAUUUUCAAAAAGCGGCGUCACACCGAGAAAAUUAAGGAGCCAGAGCAAAGGGUAAUGUCCUUAAGGGCCCGUUGAGACAAUAUCGAAAUGUUAUGCUACUGUAACUUUUUUUGUGCGUGGACUUGUGAAAAAGCCGGUAUGUAAUUAUGUGAGUUAUAUUUUUUUUACGCAAUAGGUGAAAGAAAAUGUGUCUAGUUGAACCCAUCGAAGUAUAUAUAGGGCAAAAUUAUGGGCAAGUAUACGAUCACCAUAAGAACGUAUAUCGGGAAUUGGUGUAAUUAUUUAGCCUGCUAAAUUGUUACGGCCAUUAUUUUGAAGCGUUCGAAAUUUACGAUCCUAUGUGUCAGCUAGAAGAGUUGAAGCAGUGUCCAGAUUUCGUGCGUUUGUGCCCUUCGAUUACCCUUAGCUUCCUCAUGCUGUUGCAGCACAAUAUGAAAUUUAAAUUCAGCAAUGUUUUAAACUACGAAGAGCGGCGACAGUUUCAAGGAGAAGCAAUUAUAUCGAUUCGUUCACCUGGCCAGAUCAUAUCCGAACGCGCAGGGACAGUCCUGCUUUGACAACUCUGACGGCUUCGUUCUUUUGUGCGCGCGACCCUCUGGACUUCGUUGACGCCUGCAAUUUUCUAUUCACCACUCAAGAGUUUCAUGGCACGCGAAAGUUCGAUCUCGCCGGAGCUGGCUCGAGUAUUGGCCAUCGAACAAUGCAGUCUCGCUGCGCUAUUUUCUACGCUUGUUUGUUACGGUCUCGUUUCACAGCUCCAACAUUUUCUCUCCAGCGAGUACGUCGUGCGUGUGCAUACCUGGAUUUUUCUCACUCGCAGCCUACGCCUCUAACAGCGAGGUUUCCGGUCCGCUACUCCCAGUGGUUUCUUUCGCUGUGCGCUCAUAUGAAAUACUUGAUUUUUUUUUUCCUUCUUCGAAUUCAAACCGAACCAACGCAGUUCCGUGUCCCAGCGGUAGCAAUACCGGCAAUUCACGGUGCGAACGAAAACCGUCCGUUGUUGUGGACUGCUCAACGAACGAUAUGCUCGGUUACGUGUCCCACGGUGGUUCACCAUUUUCCCUGCGUUCCAGGACCGCGAAAAAGUGAAGAAAAAAAGAAAGGCAGUAAAUUUGGUAGCGCGUCGACAUGUCGUCGGCCGCGAAAUGUUUGGGUGCCGACGUCCCUAGUGGCCCGCUUCUUUCAUCUCGCUUUCCUCGUUAAGAAGCGGAGAGGGUACACCAACCGCCCGCCCGCCAGCCACUGCCUUUGUCAGCUGCGGCCUCUCGCUUCAGGAAGCUCACCCUCCUGCAGACUGGAGAGGGGGGGGUCGAUGGAGAAGGAGCUCGGAGGGGUCACCCACUGGGCUGUAGCGGCGAUCUGGGAGCGGACGAUUCAAAACACACACACGCUCGCUCGUAUCUCGUGCGAAAGGGGCCAGAGUUGUAGCGGCGCGCACGAGUACGGCUGUAGUGUGAGUGUGAGUGUGCGCGCGUAGAGAAGACAUAGCCGGGCCCGGCCGGCUACUCGGAGAUGAGGCCGCAGCCGUGGUGAGCCCCAGGAAAAGUGACAGUCUUUGCCUUGUGCGUUCUUACGGGAUCAUCGACGGGAUCAACGCACGUGGGGGCCUCGCAUUCGGUGCGCGCGGAUCACCGUCGUCGCAUCGGCAAGCCGUCACGCCCGCUUGCCCGUCUUGACGUGUCGUCUUACAGGGUCUGCCUCCUUCGUCUCACGCGGGCGCACGCUUUCCGUGCUGCUGAGGCUUCUCCGUGAGCCAUACCGCCUUGUCGUUGCGUCGCAGUCGUCGCCCCCCCUCCUGCGUCGGUGCGUGGAUAAGAGAAUGUGGGUGCACGGAAUUCUUGCGGCGACUGCACUGAUGCUUUCGCCGGUCAUUGUGGUCCCUUCCGAGGCCAGGAUACGGGAUGAUCCGAACCAGCCGUUCGCUCACACAAGGUCCGGGAUAGUUCGUGGCGUGCGUCUAAACGUCGGCCACAGACCCGUGGACGCUUUCUACGGCAUACCUUACGCCGAGCCACCUGUUGGUUAUCUCAGGUUUCGCAAGCCUCGGCCGGCGUUACCUUGGAAAGGCAUCCACUACGCCACGCACAAGAGACCUCCGUGCUCCCAGAAGUCCUGGGAACUCACGCAGGGUUUCACCAUCGACGCGUCGAACACCACCGAGGACUGCCUGCACCUGAAUGUGUGGACGGCCGCCCGGUACUGCUUCCACCCGAACAUAGGGCUAUGCACCACCAAAGCCGUGAUGGUGUUCUUCCACGGCGGCGGCUUUCAGUUCGGCGGAAACAGCUACUCUGUAUACGACGCCCGAUACCUGGCCCUCUUCGGCGACGUCGUGGUGGUGGUGCCCAACUACAGGCUCAACGUGUUCGGUUUCUUGAACGCCAACGUUUCCGACGCACCGGGCAACAUGGGUAUGUACGACCAGAUCCUGGCACUCGAGUGGAUCCAAAAGAACAUCGCCAUGUUCGGCGGGGACCCUAACCGCGUGACGAUGUUCGGCCAGAGCGCCGGCUCGGUUUCCAUAGGCUACCACCUACUCUCACCACUGACCAGGGGUCUCUUCAAGCGGGUCAUCAUGCAGAGUGGAACUCCUUACUGGAAGGUUCCGGACAACACCUUCACCGGCAAGCUCAAGGUCCAGCAGCUGGCCGUCGGCCUCGGCUGCCCCGUCGGCGAGCGGGGUAACGUGCUCGCCGAACCCGGAAAGGUCAUCGACUGCAUUCGUUCCAGGAGCCGCUCGAGCAUAUACCGGGCCAUGAAGGACGUGUUUGGCGUCGAGGAGCACUACAUGAUCCCGGCCUACUACAGCGAGUUCCUUCCUUUCGAACCUGUCCUGGCCACAGAGAGGGGCCAGUUCCAGGAUGUCGACCUCAUGAUCGGCAACGUCAGGAACGAAGGCACGGGCAUAGUGGACCACUUCUUCUGGAAGAUAUUCAACUUCAAGGACUACACCAAGAUCACCGUGGACGAGAUAUGGUUCUACAGCCUGCUGGUCUUCCGCGUCAUCUUGGGCAAGAAUCCCGCGCCCAUCCGCGAGCUGUACCUGAGCGACCUGAACGAGACGGACUCGUGGAUGGCGCUGAAUCGGUUGUCCGACGCUGUGGGCGACUUCAGCCUCAUCUGCCCGUCGCAGCUGUUCGCCGAGGCGUACGCCAAGCGUAAGAACAACGUGUACUAUUACAUAUUCAACCAUCGACCCUCGUUCAGCGUCUACCAGCCGUGGACGGGCGUGGCGCACGGCGACGAGCUGGGCUUCGUGUUCGGCUUCCCACUCCUCUACCCGCAGCACUCGACCGAUGAAGAAAGGGUCCUCUCCAGGCGGAUGAUGCGCAUAUGGUCGACGUUUGCGAGAACUGGGAAGCCGCCGACGGUCGGAGGCCAGCUUUGGCCAAGGUUCACACGUGAUCACGCUUUCCACCUGAACAUCAACCUCAAGAACUACUCACACGGCAUUGACUUCCGGAAGAAGCUGUGCUCCUUCUGGAGGAAGUAUCUCGUUCCCACGGGUUCCUGGAAGCUUUUUGACAAGACAGCAGCUGCACAGUCACCGAAGUCCUGGAGAGCGUCGUUUGAAGAGAGUAGCACGUACAACCGCUCAGGACCCGAGCCAAGGACUUUGACUGAUCUUCAGUCUUUCAUUGACGGUGAAAGACAACAUUGGAUGCACCCGUCGAGAGCGAGGAUAACUAUGCAAGUGUUUGGAAGGAAUGCGAUCUCGGCGAUUGUCCUCGGGGCACUGUUGGCCGCCUUGCGAGUCCGCACCGCCCAAGGGAUUCGCCCCAAGGACGACCCGGUGGUGUUCACCAGAUCGGGAUACGUGAUGGGCCGGACCAACGUGUUCUUCAACAAGCCCAUCGACACCUUCCUGGGCAUUCCGUUCGCCGAGCCGCCUCUGCGGGAACUCCGCUUCCGCAAGCCGACGCCGGCCAAGCCAUGGGAAGGCAUCUACAAUGCGGUGCAGGCGCCCUUUCCCUGCCUGCAGUACGACACGUUCGUCACCAAGAACAUCACCGUCGACGCCUCGAACAGCACCGAGGACUGCCUCUACCUGAACGUGUGGACGCCGGCGCUGCACUGCAACACCAUCGAGAACUGCGGCGCCAAGAGUGUCAUCGUGUUCCUCCACGGCGGGGGCUUCGACACCGGUGGGAACAGCUACUUCUUCUACGACGGCACGCAGCUGGCAGCCCUGGGUGACGUCGUGGUCGUGGUUCCCAACUACCGGCUGGGUGUCUUCGGCUUUCUGAGCGCGGCCCACCCCGACGCGCCGGGAAACAUGGGCCUCCUCGACCAGCUGGCGGCGCUCCGGUGGGUCCGCGACAACAUCGUCCACUUCGGCGGUCGUCCGGAGUCGGUAACCCUCAUGGGCCAGAGCGCCGGCGCCAUGUCCGUCGGCUUCCACAUGGUGUCGCCGCUCAGUCGCGGCCUGUUCAAGCGGGCCAUCCUGCAGAGCGGCAGCCCGUACCUCCUGCAGCCGGCGAGCCUCAAGGCGGGCGUCGAGCGAGUUCAGCUUCUCGCCGAGGCCGUGGGCUGCGCCGACGAGAACGUGACGCUGUCCAGCCACCGGCAUCACGUGCUCGAGUGCCUACGCUGGGCCAACGCGUCGGCCCUGAUGGCGGCCAACAGGGAGCUGAACGUGUUGAACCCGGCCAGCUACUUCCCUUCCUACGGAGACGAGUUCCUCCCGGACGACCCGCGGACGCUCAUCGAGCGCGGUGAGGUCGCGGACGUGGACGUCAUCAUCGGCACCAACAGGAACGAGGGCAGCCCGUUCGUCAAUUACUUCAUGGUCAAGGUUCUGCGCCAAGAGGACCCAAGACUCUUGACCCGCGACGAAGUGGGCUUCUACCUCAUCCUGCUUUUUCACCACGUGUUGGGCGAGAGUCCCCGUGAGGUCACGUCACACUACCUGCGUGACGUCAGACCGGAAGACGGCCGCGGAGCGCUGGCGGCCGCGGGCGACGCCAUCGGAGACUUCCUGUUCCAGUGCCCGGUCAACUACUUCGCCGAGAACCUGGCGGCGAGGAACCGCACGGUGUACAUGUACUACUUCGACCACCGGCCCUCGUACAGCUGGUGGGGGGACUGGCUGGGAGUGGCCCACUUCGACGAGUUCUUCUUCGUGUUCGGAACGUUGUUCCGAGACAUGCACAUGUCGACCAUGGAGGAACUCGAGUUCAGCUCGAAGCUCAUCCAGAUAUGGUCUACAUUCGCCAGGAAAGGGAAAGUGCCCAAGAUCCGCGGUAACCGUUGGCCCAAGUUUACAGCCGAGUGGCCCCUGCUGCUGAAUUUAAGCCCAAAGAACUUCACCGUUGGCUGGGAGCCGCACGCCGAAAACUGCCGUGCUUGGGAACGCUACCUCAAGGUGUCACCGGACAAUGCGGUGGCCAGUUGACCGACGACAGAAACGCGUCAGUGAUCCGUAGAAGAGAAACUAAUGGACCUCGAGUGUGCAGGGGUAGUCUCCGGACUUUGUGACGAACCGCCGAUAUGCAGCCAGUGGAGAAGAGCGCCAGCGCCGAGUGGUUUGUGCAGAUUUAACCACUUCGAAAGCACUAUGGCGGCCAACGAAAUGCCUGUUUCACCUGAGCAUAGGGCGAGAGCUCGACACCGCGCACACUGUAAUGUGCGAUCGACGCUGGUUUGAGGGAGCGUAUAAUUCAAGUGCUGUGAACUGCACAUUCCCGUCGUGCUUCGCGAGCGAGCAGCGGCGAACCAGAGCCUGUAUUCUCGGCCGAACACUUUCGCGCGUGCCUUUACUUAAUGCCAAUCGCGACGACUCAGUGGAAGAGUGGUCAUUGUACCAGUGUCCAAGCCAAUUAACGCGCAGUGUUAGAGACGUCACCGAAAGUGAACCAUCGAGAAUGCGGAGCCAACAACCAGGACCGGCCGCCAAAAAGAACUGUGGCUAGAACCUUGUGGGCGACAUCGCGCGCUGAGAACUUGACUGUGCUCAGUAUAGCCGUUCAUGGCCCUUCGAUAACUUAAAAGGCGCUGGUGCAGCCUAUACUCAACGACUUCCGUUAGUUCGCUCGUCGUGCGAGUCUGAAGCCUUGCAUAGGCGCGCAUAGGUGCGUCUUUUCGCAGUUUUUGCAGAUCUUUUAAUUCGCCGAAGCGGUGACCUACGUGAUGUUCCUGCAAGUUUUCUUUCCCCGUUGAGCAAGCUCCCCCCCCAGUGAAAUAAAGUUGUGUUAUUUGUUGAAA